AUAAGGCAAUUGUUUUCAUCACUUACACUUUUAGGGUCCAAUUUCAGUCAUUAUAUGGCAAACUACUGAGUUUGUAUAUUUAAGAGGAAAAAGGUAGAAGUUAGGAAGAACAAAUUAAUAUUGAUAUAAAGGAACGGAUUUCUUCAAAAUAAUUUAGUAUAGGGAGUGCAAUGUUCGAUCACUACAAAAGUGACAACAAGUUCGGACGCCUUUCAGCCUCAUACAACUACACAAUGGCUAACUUUACUCUCUCUGAGUUCCAGAAGAAAAAAAUCAUGAGGGUUUUCGAUAUGUUUUAUGAUAUCAGCAAUGAUAAGAUAAUUGAAUGGAAAGACUUCACUAUGGCAAUCAAGAAAAUAAGUGAUAUCCACGAAUGGCCAAAGGGCGGGGCACAACAAGAAAACGCCAUGCAAACACUCAAGCUCAUCUGGGAAGGUCUCAAGAAAUACGCCGACGACAAUCAGGAUGACAAGGUGACUGUUGAAGAAUGGUUCAAGAUGUGGACUGAAUGUCUCAAGGCCUCAAAGGAGAUGAGUGAUCUACCUCCAUGGCAGGUGAAAUACAUGAACUUUAUGUUCGAUGUCAAUGAUACUUCAGGUGAUGAUCUGAUUGACGUGAAUGAAUAUACUACAGUGUAUACGGACUAUGGGAUCCCCAAGGAGCAAUGUGUAGAAGCAUUCAACACAUUUUCAGAUAACGGGAAGGUGAAGAUAACGCGAACUGAGUUUGGAAAACUUUGGGCUGAGUACUUCCUCUCUGAUGACAGAUCAGCCAAAGGAAACUUUUUGUUUGGUCCACUGGACUUUUAAAUACAACUUAUAUUUGAAUCUCAUUUUUCACAUUUUCGUAUUGUAGUUUUCUUGAACUGUACGAGUAUUUAUAUUAUGUAUGUAUAACCGGAAAUGCUCUGGACUAAAUAUGCUGUAUAUAUGUGUUUAUGCGAUAUAUGCAUAUUAUGAAGUUUUACGAAUGCGAAACAUAAUCUAUUGUGAAGGGGAUGAGAUAUUAUAAGCCAAGGAACACUUACAUGCAGAAAACCACAAUGGUGCCUAUAAUUCCCUCGUAAGCUGGUGUCAAUAGCAAAACAUUUCGAUCACCUAGACUAGAUUUUAUAUAUCGGAAAAUACGCUGUAUAGCAUCAUGAUAAACCAUGACAUCUUAUUUCUUCUCAGCCCUGAGGUGUUUCUGGUGAAACAG